UUAUUUAUUUGCCGGAGCGACCGAACUGUGUAGUAUCAUUCGAACAACAGAAAAGUGAAGAGCGUUAUUUGAAAGUAUUGUUCAAACAAGUAGAAGUUACCGGAGGAAUAAUUAAAGAGAAGGUUCUCAUAUAUAGUGCAAAGGGACGUAAACUAACGGGAUUUGUCGUCUUCCAAGUUCGGAUUUUUGGAAAAUACGAAGCUUCUGUGAUUAUUGUGAUAUAGAGUAAACGCAUAAAACGAGGCUGUGCUGUGGAAUAGUCCCCACAAUGAAGCUGCUAAUACCGUUGGCCCUGGUGGCCGCCCUGGCCGUGCUAAGCUGCACCGCCGCAGAAGAGAAGAAGGAACAAGAUUACGGAACAGUCGUCGGUAUCGAUCUGGGAACCACGUACUCCUGCGUGGGUGUGUACAAGAACGGACGCGUCGAAAUCAUUGCCAACGAUCAGGGUAAUCGAAUCACUCCGUCCUAUGUGGCCUUCACUGCCGACGGUGAACGGCUGAUUGGUGAUGCCGCCAAGAACCAGCUGACCACCAAUCCGGAGAACACCGUGUUUGAUGCUAAGCGACUGAUUGGACGUGACUUUACCGAUUCGACCGUUCAGCAGGAUAUCAAACUGCUGCCGUUCAAGGUAGUGGAGAAGAACUCCAAACCACACAUCAAGGUGUCCACUAGUCAGGGUGAGAAGGUGUUUGCUCCGGAGGAAAUUUCUGCGAUGGUGUUGGGUAAGAUGAAGGAAACUGCCGAAGCUUAUUUGGGCAAGAAAGUUACCCAUGCUGUUGUUACCGUGCCGGCUUACUUCAACGAUGCUCAGCGUCAGGCUACCAAGGAUGCCGGUGUUAUCGCCGGGCUGAAUGUAAUGCGUAUCAUCAAUGAACCUACGGCUGCUGCUAUUGCCUACGGCCUGGACAAAAAGGAUGGCGAAAAGAACGUGCUGGUGUUUGAUCUGGGUGGCGGAACCUUCGAUGUAUCCCUGCUAACAAUUGAUAACGGUGUGUUUGAAGUCGUCGCUACCAACGGAGAUACGCAUUUGGGAGGCGAAGAUUUUGAUCAGCGUGUAAUGGAUCACUUCAUCAAGCUGUACAAGAAGAAGCGAGGCAAAGAUAUUCGCAAGGAUGUUCGAGCUGUUCAGAAGCUGCGUCGUGAAGUCGAGAAAGCCAAGCGUGCUUUGUCUUCCAGCCACCAGGUCCGCGUGGAGAUCGAGUCGUUCUAUGAGGGUGAUGAUUUCAGCGAGACCUUGACCCGUGCCAAGUUCGAGGAGUUGAACAUGGAUCUGUUCCGUUCCACCAUGAAGCCUGUACAGAAGGUUCUGGAAGAUGCUGACAUGAAUAAGAAAGACGUUGAUGAGAUUGUCCUGGUCGGAGGUUCAACCCGUAUUCCUAAGGUUCAACAGUUGGUUAAAGAAUUUUUCAACGGCAAGGAACCAUCCCGUGGUAUCAAUCCCGAUGAAGCCGUCGCUUAUGGAGCUGCUGUUCAGGCUGGUGUACUAUCCGGCGAACAGGAUACGGAAGCCAUCGUUCUAUUGGACGUCAACCCAUUGACUAUGGGUAUCGAAACCGUCGGAGGUGUCAUGACCAAAUUGAUCCCUCGCAACACUGUCAUCCCAACGAAGAAGUCUCAAAUCUUCUCCACUGCCUCGGACAAUCAGCACACUGUCACCAUUCAAGUGUACGAAGGUGAACGUCCAAUGACCAAGGAUAAUCAUUUGUUGGGUAAAUUCGAUUUGACUGGCAUUCCACCGGCUCCACGAGGUAUCCCACAGAUUGAGGUGUCCUUCGAAAUCGAUGCCAACGGUAUUCUGCAGGUUUCGGCCGAGGAUAAGGGAACUGGUAAUCGGGAAAAGAUCGUCAUCACUAACGAUCAGAACCGACUGACUCCGGAUGACAUCGACCGUAUGAUCAAGGAUGCCGAGCGCUUCGCUGAUGAUGAUAAGAAACUGAAGGAACGUGUCGAAGCUCGUAAUGAGCUGGAAAGCUAUGCCUACAGUCUGAAGAAUCAAAUUGGGGAUAAGGAUAAAUUGGGCGCAAAGCUUUCCGAUGACGACAAGAGCAAGAUGGAGGAAGUGAUUGAUGAAAAGAUCAAAUGGCUCGACGAGAACCAGGACGCCGAAGCGGAGGACUACAAAAAACAGAAGAAGGAGCUUGAGGAUGUCGUUCAGCCGAUCAUUGCCAAACUGUACGCCAGUAGUGGAGGUGCGCCACCACCAGCGGCUGGAGAUGAUGAUGAUCUCAAGGAUGAACUGUGAGCGGCUAUUUCGUGUAUAGCGUAGUCUAUUAGUCCUUCGUACUAGUUUGUUAGCCCCCCUUCACCACUCGAUCAACAUGGCAAAAAAGGGUAUGGUAGAGGUCCGUUAGGGAGUGCCCUCAAUACUAUUCAUAGUAUUUGAGAUAAAGAAUACUGUAGCAAGAAUUCCGACAGUAUGAGCGAGUGGAAAACGGGAUCGAAUGUUCGUGUAAUAAGCGCGUUAGAUUCUCAUCUCAUUUUUCAGAUGGGAAAGAAACAAAAAAAAAGUUAAUUUAAAGAACAACACUAAGAACUACAUUUACGAGCAAGACGUUGAUUUGUCUAAUUUAUUGUUGUCUUAAUUCUCUGCUAAGGUAGCCCGUGAAAAAAAAGAUUCGCUUUCAUUUGUAGUAGAAUCACCUUCGGGCAUUACAAACCAACUGUGACUGUCACAAACCACGUAAUGAUCGUUUAUUUUUUGAGAAAGUCUGAAGUCAAGAAUUUUCCUAGUUUCUUGCUGGAAUCUUUUCCUUUCUCACCAUCGACUGAUUGUAUGUAAGUGUGCGUGAUUCAUUUCAGAUAAAUAAAUAAUAUAGGAACCAUAUUGCAGCACAGGAAAGUGAGUUCGAGAGCAUCAAAAACUAGAAUAAAAUUAGCAGUGAAAUCGUGAAUGAGCGAUGGUAAACGAAUUAACAAAUGAUGUAUGAGACGAUGAAAUAAAGUUUUUAUAACUAAAAUAACCAUCGAAAA